GAAUAUUCGCGAGGAAGCAAGAGGAGAAAGAGAGGAGAAGGAAGCUCAUGCUUGUCCGACAUCGGCGCACCGAGCAACUGAAGUGAGCGGCGUAUCGCAAUCCGUUUCAUAUCGCCGAGGGAUGUUUCCCUCGGCGACGAGAGAGCGUGGCUCCGCAGUUGGCGGAUCGCCCUUAUCCCGCGUCAUCGUCGCCAAUGUCGUUUGUAUCCAUCGAGAUCCAUCCAUCGUCGAUCGAUCUCUCUCGAUCUUUUCCGGCGGGGGGAUCUCCGUCCUCCCUUGUUUUCGUCUCUUCGUUCUCCGUCCCCGCCCCCACCAACGUGUAUACGUUUCGCAUCGUCGUGUCUCUCUCUCUCUCACAACACACAAUCUGUCUCGCCCCGUUACCGGUUUCUCUCCAUUUCUCUCUUUCUCGCUGGUCCUCGCUUGCACGUCGAACGCGCACACUCACGCAGACACGUUCUGUAUACGUACGCAUUCCUAACAUGCUACGCGCGACGUUGACAAGGGCGAAUACCGACGGAAAAUCUUGGAACGCCGGGAAUGUGAAUUUCCUGCGUAGUUUCCGCAAACGGGAUCAUGGAAACUUGCGGGAGAUGAUGCUGAUGCUUUUCGGCAAUGAGACAAUAAGAAAAAAGAAAAAGGAGACAUCUUAUCGGCUUUCCCUCUCGUGUGGCGCCGCUCCUCUUCCCCCUCCCGCAUCGCCCACCACGUCGCCUGGUCUCGCGCGCGCGAGAUGCCAUUGCACCGCCGAACGGAUCGCAGCAGGAAAGGCUAUAAAUACACACGCAUCGCGCGCGGGGUAAACAAACUUGACCUCAGCGGAAUUCUCUUAUCGGCGUACAGUAGGCGAGCGACUUUGAGGUUAUGUGUCGCGACCACGUCCUUCGAAUUCGACGCGUCGCAGAGACGGCGGAUAAGUCCCAGCCGGUGCUUAGGUGCGCGACAAGCAGAAUACUGACAUUGGUCAGCUACUUGAAGGCUGUGAGCACGAUUGCUGUGCGUUUGGCUUGAGCAGUGGUUGAAACGCUACUGCAUUGCAAGAGAAAUUUGUAAGUGAUUCAAAAUGAAGUGGACAUCCGCUACUCCCUUCAAUGAGCAAGUGGGCGAACUCACUCGUGUGUUCUCCCAGUGGAACGAAUGUGAACAGACUGUUGUUCUUUAUGCGCUGUUGCGUAUUAUACCUGCUGUACAGGCGAGGUUUCUCUCGCAGGCGAUAGAACACUCAUUGCACUCUGUGGCAGAAUUAGAUACCAAGGAAAUAAAUGCCAAUAAUCCAAGUUACAUCAAUUCAUUGUCGGCAGAAUCAACAGAGAUUGCGAUUAAUCAACUCUUGACACAUCUGCCUUUAUUAAAGCCUGGGAAUGUAGAGUGUAAAAAGAGCUAUCUGGUAGCGAUACCAGAAUUAGUAAACCAUUGCGUAAGUACGGGACAAUAUACAGAACAAACGCAGCAGCUUUUGAGUUACACUCUGAUUCAUCCUGCCAUAAAUGGUCAAGACAGACGUCUUUUAACUCAAUGGCUCAGAGAUCUAGAAGAUCGUAUCAGUAGUACACCACCCAUUUCUGGUUUCGAAGAUUAUCCGAAUGCUGCAAUGAGAUGGGAGAAUCCAUGGCAGAGGAAUUCCAAACAUCACAAUGAUCAGCCAAAUUUGUUUAAUACACAACUAGGCGGCACGUUUAAUUUACAUUUUCCCGCAUCGGUUAACCGUCAACGUCGUUCGAAUAGUUUGACACCACCGGUAGCGCCGCCGCAUCACCUCGAAAUUGUGGAUCGUACCAAUAACACAAACUCAUCUAGACACAAGCCGCGCAGCUUUAGUGUUUCUGGAGAUCACGCCAGCAAUAUUAUUGGUUUGGGUCCACUGAGCCCACAGAGUUCCUGUGCGAGUAGCGGUAGCGAGGGUCGUUUGGAUGAUGCUUCGAAUCGUUCGCUCGCAAGUGGUAUGAGAGACGUACAAUUAUGGCUUAAAACAUUACGACUUCAUAAAUACAGUUAUCUGUUUGCUACUAUGAAUUAUGAAGAUAUGUUGCAAUUAACGGAAGAUCAAUUAGCGGAACAAGGGGUUACGAAAGGUGCUAGACACAAGUUGGCUCUUUCUAUCGCUAAACUACAGCAGCGAUACAAUACGCUUUUAAAUCUAGAAAAGGGUCUAGUGCAACCUAGUGCUCGCGACGGCAUGCAAAACACUUCAUUUUCGCAGGGACCAUCAUUGCUUCUUAAUACAAUGGAAGAACUUAAAACGAUUCUUGCCACUCCUAUGAAGCCGAGUCAAGAGAAUGAUCCACAAGAUAUUCCUGCGCAGUUUACAAAAGUACUUGGAAAACUGUGCAGUAGAUUGGCUUUGGAAAGCGUUGAGGAUGGUAUUUUGUGCACGUACGUCAACAUUUUGGAAAAAGUGUUGCAGCACGACUGUUUCACCUCGAAUCAGAAGGAGAAAGUGCAACAGUGGCGCAGUAGACUUGGAAAUCCGCGACCAACUCCUAAAUGUAAUUUUAGAUGGCAACAUAACUACGGAUAUAAUAAUAGAAGAUAUGGGAAUCCACAGCAACACAGAAAGCCAAGUUUGAAUAUGAAUCAUAUUCACAAUAACCAUACACAUAACAAUCAGUUUAUGAUUGCUUCGCAUAGAAACAGUAUAUCCACACCAUAUUUACAAAAUAAUCAGAAUCAGAAUCAUAACAUGAAUAGUAUGAACACGAAUAACUUGCGUGCGGUGCAUAUAACCGAGAAGAGACCUAGUUUACAGGAGACCAGCUUGCAGCAAUUGCAGAAAACAUUGCAACGUGCAUAUAGCGCGCCACGUGAUCAUUUCGUGGGCCACUCUGCUAAUGGAGCGAAUGAGACGACGGAACCGGAAAUCAAUUCUCGCUUGGAAUCCCUCUGCUUGAGAAUGACUGAGCAAGCGAUCGGUGGCUUCGGCGAGGCCUAAUCUUCCAUUCUCGCGUUCUGAGAUUAUAAGUAAGUCCCAUUUUAAAUCCUUUUCGGAUUUUUGACUCCGAAAACUGAGGGAAAUUCUGUUCGCCAAAAUGCGAGUCAUCUCUAUCUCGCGCUCGCUCGUGUUUUGGCAAACCAUGUUUGAGUCAUUGUUUUAAAGUGAUAUUGCAAUGGAGACGACACAUUUUUUUAGUGUGUAAAUAUCUGCGUGUACACACACUUAUGCUUUAAUAUCCUAACCAAAUGGGAAAAAAAUGUCCGAAACGUGUGACAUUAUUGAGAGAGAGAGAUAAAGAUAAGUUUUUUUUUUCGAAGAUUGAACACUUACACAUAAUACACGUACACAAAUUAUUUUUUAUUAAUGUCCGAUGCAAUUGUAUUAUUUAAUUGACAGAAUUUGGCAAGCCAAAUGCUAGAAAGAUAGAUUCUUUCCUCGAUUGUUUGCUGCAACCAUAUAUAUAAAGAUAUUAUAUAAGAAAAAGUAUAUAUAUAUAUACAAUGCAUAUAAUAGGAUUUUAUGAGGCAGAAAGAAAGGAAUUUUUAAUCAUAAAAUACGAGGAAAGAAAGAUGGAAAAGAUAACAUUACAUCACCAUGCGAUGUUCUGCAAUAUUAUUUUUUGUGUUAUCCAUUUUACGAAAUGGAAUUCGUCUGAUUUUAAGCGCUGCGGGAGACGUUGUAGUAACGUAAUUGUAAUUCAUUUUUAAUAACUGGACUGAUUUUACUUCUUUUUAUUAUAUUACUAUAUUAUUAUUAUUAAUAUUAUAUUUUUACUAUUAUUACUAUCAACAUCACUAUUACUAGCGCUACUAUUGCUCCUACUAUUAUCGCUACUACUAUCAUUACUAUUCUAUCACUAUUACUACUAUUUCCAUUACUAUCACUCUCACUACUGUUACUAUCGCUCUUUACUAUUACUAUACUCCGUCUAGGGAAUGAGCAUACUUAAAGGAUUGCCGCUUUGUCGCAUAAGUUAAUUCGCGCAUAAAACUUUAAAACUUAAUCUCAACUGAGAAGUAUGUAUGGCGGCGUGUAUGCUUUGUAGUUUGCGCACAGAUCUCGUAAUUUUUCAAUUUGGUUGACGGAUUUCAUCCCAUUUUUCUUUUUUUUCUUAUUUUUUUAAAUGAUAAACUACUGAACGCAAGUAAGUAUACAAUAAUAAGAUAUUAAGGGCCUUACGUGAAAGAUGAGCAAACGUAUGAGGUGUAGAAAUUUGAUAUUAUAAAGUAGCAGCGAAAUUCGAGGGAGGUAGACUGGCGCUGUACGUAUUAUGGCGCGACAUCGAAAUCUGUGGCUUUAAAUUAUAAGCAUACAUCGUAUCUAAUCUAUUUAGCAUGUGUUAAAGUAGCGUUGCGAGUAAUGUAGCAUAAUAUUUUUUCGUGCAAGCAGAAAAUUAAAUUUAUUAAAUCGCAUAACGCUAGUGAAUAAUAACCGAUUAACCGUGAAAUAAAAAAAAAUAUAUAACGAAAGACUGAAUAAUUCACGCGCCACGAUCCGUCGAUUUAGAUUAUCUGGAUGCUUCACUGUCCCUUCCGUUCGUACGGAUGUCGUGCGCGCGUGAAUAGAAUAAUUGGAGAAGACUGUGAAGAUGGAAAAACUUGUCAAAAUAAUUAAGAAUUAGCGAGCGCGCGAGAGAAAAAAUAAGAGCGAAAGAGAUUUUAAAAAAAAUGAGCGAGAGCGAGGUUGAAGAAGAUGAAACUAGUUAAUUAGUAUAUAUUAUAUUAGUGAUUAUUGUAACAAUUAUAUUCUGCUAGAGGAUAAUACGUGUAAGAUCGCGCGGUGAUUUCUCGAAUCCAGGAGUAUCCUGUUAGAAUAAAGUUAAGAACUGUCUAUAUUUAAUAAUAACCGUACACACACUGAAGGGAUGACCAUACUUAAUCAUUAUUUGGUUUCACAUACGCGAUACCUUUUACUCGAUCAGCGGCAAUAGCAGCACCACCAAAACUGUAUCCGAUCGAUUAUAUAUACAUAUAUAUUGCGAAGGAUGAAACUCCACGAAUUCCAAGAGAGAUGAUCAAAAGCUAGUCAAACGUUUCUAAUUUCUACCAGUUAAUCUGUAUAGUUAAUUAAUUGUACAUUAAAUCUACAUAUACACAUUACCAGAAUUAGGAUGACACUUGAAAGAAAACGCAUACAAUCCACAUCUUACACACACAUACGCAUAAACAAGUAUACACAUUUGCACUCGUACGCGCACACACAGACAUUCAUACAUAUUCGCCACGUUGUACACGCAAUAAGUAAAGCGAUUCGAGCGAGAACGCAUGAAAAAGCUCAAAGACUGCUCCUAAGCGACAUCAGGAAUUUCAUUCAGCGUAGAAUUACUACUUAUAUAUUUCAUCUAAUUGAAGCGCAGCAUCUAAUCUCCAACUGAAAAAGGCAGGACCUGAACUAUAUAAAGGAUGCAAAGAGAUUUUAUCCGCAUAUACAUAUAGCGAUCAAAGCUAAGAGAAGGGAAAAAGAAAAGGGAAAAAGGGGAAAAAAAUCAAUCCUGCCGAGGAUCGGAGGCCGCCGCUACGUUAAUUUUCUGCCGAUCGAUCAUUAAUCUAUCGUCAUUGUUGUUUAUGGUAAGCUUUACGGAAUAGCGUAAACAUAUGUACUUAGUACUUUGCACAAUCUCUGUCAGGAUCGACAGACGCCUUGCUCAAAAUUAACUGUCGGCGGCGGUUUGUUUCGUGAUUUUCGAAAGGCGCGAAGACUGACGAUGCGCGCGAACGAGUGAAAACGAACGGAUAAACAAAUCAACGAGGUGUUCAGCUGAAACGUUUAGUCGCAAAGUGGAGAAUCACAAGGAGGAUAAUGUGUAUCCUAUGUGUAGGAACACUUCGAGUAAUCCUGAAAGAAGCGUUUUCUUAAUAUAAGAUAGAUGUUAAUAAAUGUAAAAUGCAUGUUUUGCAUUAUGUUACUAAAAAUUCAAAAAUUUAUAAGUUACUGAAAUAAUGGACGCGAUGUUAACGAAGUUCAUAAAAAGGUAACACGAAGUUUUUCCAUUUUAAAGAGUGUACUUACAUAUUAAUGGAAUAAUUCACUUCGUAUCGAUGCGAUAUCCAAUUUCUAUUAGUAUGUAAAUACUAAUGAUUUUUAACUCCUUGCGAUUUUCCAGUUCGCGGUUAUUUAUAUAUAUGCGCGUGUGCACAUUUUAUUUGCUUGACUCGUUACAUUCAUUUCGGGUUCUCUGGCUAUCCUUUUAAUUUGGAUAGCGAUAAAAUGUACCACGUUUGCCGCAUUUUCUGUUAUCCGCUCGUUGACCUCGGUUCAGGAUAGGCGAAAGUAGGAUAAACGAAUGAUAUGUACGGGUUGUAAAUUCGCGGAUUAUUCUUUGGCCGGACACUUACAGUGAUCAUCAGCGACUGCUUAGGAAUUGCGCUACUGAUGUGAAUACAGUAGUAAUUGUAGUAGACUAUUUGGAAUGAUUUUUCUUGAUUGCGAUUUCGAGAACAAGACGAUGUGAGUUUCCGGCUGAAGAUAUUCACGAGACCCAGUAGCAAAUGGUAAUUAGAUCCGAUGUGGAUAAGUAUAGGACCGAUGUGUCGUAGCGACUGAUUUACUUUAAAGAAAGCGCGUCGCGCGACCGGAAAGCACGCCGCGGGACGCUUUUUUUCUUGUACGCGAGGGGUUUCGCAUCCCUCGCUGGAGUACUAGUGUUCACGUUUUGCCGCAGCUUCUCCGGAUAAUAUUAGAUAAGUCGUAAUAAGACCCUUCGUCAGAUUGCUAACUGGGAUACAUUAGUCACAUAAGUAAGCUGGGCAACUUGUAAAAAUGCAAUUUUUGUACUGUUAUAAAAAGUUAAAUAGACAAGGGUACACUGACGUUGUAGCGUGAAAGAACAUUUUUCAAUAAAAGAUUUUUCAUACGCAUACA